AUGAGGCUCGACGUCAAGCGCCAGCUCUUCGCCCGGAGCGAGCGUGUCAAGGGCAUCGACUUCCACCCGACGGAGCCAUGGAUACUCACCACCCUCUACAGCGGCCACGUAUACAUCUGGAGCUACGAGACGCAGGCCAUCGUCAAGACAUUCGAGCUGACGGACGUGCCCGUGCGUGCGGGUCGAUUCAUCGCGCGGAAGAACUGGAUUGUGUGCGGCAGCGAUGACUUCCAACUGCGAGUCCACAACUACAACACAUCAGAAAAGGUCGCCAGCUUCGAGGCGCAUCCCGACUAUAUCCGCGCAAUCUGUGUCCACCCGACGCAGCCAUUCGUCUUGACGGCUAGUGAUGACAUGACGAUCAAGUUAUGGAAUUGGGACCUUGGGUGGAAGUGCCAGCAGACCUUCGAGGGACACUCGCAUUAUGUCAUGUCGCUGGCAAUCAAUCCCAAGGAUACCAACACAUUUGCGUCAGCAUGUCUGGACAGGACAGUCAAGAUCUGGUCGCUCGGGUCGUCGACAGCAAACUUCACCCUGGAGGCACAUGAGCAAAAAGGCGUCAACCACGUCGACUACUACCCACAUUCCGACAAGCCAUACCUCCUUACCACCAGCGACGACCGAACAGUAAAGAUCUGGGACUACACCACCAAGUCUCUCAUCGCCACCCUCGAGGGUCACACCAACAACGUGAGCUUUGCGUGCUAUCAUCCUGAGCUCCCGGUCAUCAUUUCCGGUUCAGAGGAUGGAACCCUACGAAUAUGGCACGCUGCUACCUACCGCUUCGAGCAGAGCUUGAACUACGGCCUGGAGCGAGCCUGGUGCGUCAGCUAUCAGCGGGGCAAGCAGAGUGUCGCCGUGGGCUACGACGAAGGAUCGGUCGUGGUCAAGCUUGGUCGCGAGGAGCCAGCCGUCUCGAUGGACGGCUCCGGCAAGCUAAUCUGGGCCAAACAUAACGAGGUGGUCUCGGCUAUCAUCAAGGGUGGCGAGGCUACCAAGGACAACGUGCCCAUCAACCUCACCACCAAGGAUCUCGGCAGCUGCGAAGUUUACCCAUCUACCCUCUCACAUUCGGCCAACGGUCGGUUCGUCGCGGUCUGCGGUGACGGCGAAUUCAUUGUAUACACUGCACUCGCGUGGCGCAAUAAGCAAUUCGGAUCGGCGCUGGACUUUGUCUGGGCCUCCAAAGAAAACUCGAACGACUUUGCCAUCCGUGAGUCCCCGACCAGCGUCAAGGUAUUCAAGAACUUCGUCGAGAAGCAAGGCGGCUUGGAUGUCGGCUUCCAGGCGGAUGGCCUGGCCGGAGGAGUGCUCCUCGGUGUCAAGGGCCAAGGAGGCAUCAGCUUCUUCGAUUGGGCGACAGGUGGCUUGGUCAGGCGGAUCGAGGUGGAGCCUCGUGAGGUCUAUUGGAGUGAGAGCGGGGAGCUGGUUGCCUUGGCCUGCGAUGAUACCUGCUACAUCCUGCGCUUCAGUCGCGAGGCUUACCAGGAGGGCUUGCAGUCCGGCCAAGUCGAGGACGAUGGUGUCGAGGCGGCCUUCGAGGUCAUCACUGAUAUCAGCGAGGGCGUGAGGACCGGAGAGUGGGUGGGUGACUGCUUCCUGUUCACCAACUCCACCAACCGUCUGAACUACCUUGUUGGCGACCAGACAUACACAGUGUCGCAUUUCGACCAGCCCAUGUAUAUCCUUGGUUACAUCCAGCGCGACUCCAGGAUCUACCUCUGCAACAAGGACGUCGCUGUCACCUCAUUCGCCCUGUCACUGCCCGUGCUCGAGUACCAGACUCUGGUUCUCCGCGAGGAACUCGAGGCAGCCCAGGAGCUGCUUGCGGCAAUUCCAGAGGGCGAGCUCAACAAGGUCGCCCGAUUCUUGGACGGCCAAGGACACAAGGAACUCGCGCUAGACGUUGCCACCGACCCUGAGCACAAGUUCGAGCUUGCUCUUGCGCUGAGCCGGCUGGAUAUCGCGCUUGACCUCGCCAAGGAGGCCGAUGUUGAGCAUCGAUGGAAGACUGUCGGUGACGCUGCUCUCACAGCUUGGGACGUUUCUCUGGCCGCCGAGUGCUUUUCACACGCCAACGAUCUCGGCUCACUGCUCCUCGUUUACUCCUCAACCGCCGAUCGCGAAGGUUUAGCAUCACUUGCCAGCAAGGCCGAGGAUGCCGGCGCCCACAACGUUGCUUUCUCCGCGAAGUGGCUCCUUGCAGAUGUCGAGGGCUGUGUUAACAUUCUCGUCAAGACCGAACGUCUCGCCGAAGCUGUGCUCUUCUCACAAACUUACAAGCCCAGUCUGACUGCGGACGUGGUCAAACAGUGGAAGGAGUCCCUGGAAAAGGGCAAGAAGGGCCGUGUUGCAAAGACGAUUGGAGCCCCUGGUGCUGAGGGUGACGAGGAGCUGUUCCCUGAGUGGGACGAGUGGCUGCGCCUAGAGAAAGAGGGUGGCACAGCUACCGAUGUGGAUGUCGAGAUGGAGAACGGCAAGCCGGCGGCAGAGGCUGAGAGCGAGGAAACUGCUGAGGAGGCAGACGAGAAUGAGGAAGAGGAUGCUGAGGCGGAUGAGGAAGAGUAG